AUGAAUGAGCAGCUAGGCGCUUUAGAGCACAUGUUUCCUGAGUGUACUGUGGAUGUAUCUUUGCCUGUUGUCUCCCUUUUCAUUAAUAACGACAAAAGUCGCUAUGAAAGCUCUAUCGUUUUCAACUUGUCAUUGAGCAACUCCGUCGAAGACUCCAAGGAUCUACUGAUUAACUCCGCAAAAAUCCAAUCCACAACUCUAUCCUUUGAUGAUUGUAGGCUUUUAACUAAGGAGCUUAUGGAUAUCGUCGAAGCAGAUCCCACAGAUCUAAUUGCUGCUGCUGUCUUUGCAUAUGGAAAACUGGUUUCUGCACUAGAGUCUUUUAAUAGGAAUAAUGUUCCUAAAGCCGCCUUUACUUCAGAACAAUCUAAGUCCCCAGUACUUUGUAAAAGUGCACUUUGCAUAGAUGAUCAUUGGCUCAAAGAACGAUGUAUUCUCAAGUCUAAUACCAUAAAAUCGAAGAAGUCCGUGUUUUUCGCGCACACCGCACACGUUUUGACUAUUGAGGACGUUGAUCGACUCUGCAUCUUUCUCAAGGACACUCAAGGACUUGACGAUGCAACCCAUAAUAUCAUUGCUUAUCGCCUCUGCUCGACGAAAGAUCCAUCUGACCUUCAAGAGGGCUUCGAUGAUGACGGAGAGCAUGCAGCGGGAGGGCGCCUACUGCUGUUGAUGCAGAAGAUGAAGGUUUAUAAUAGGGUCGCAAUCGUCACCAGAUACUUUGGUGGAAUCCCUCUGGGUCCAGCACGAUUCAAACAUAUUAACGAUUGCGCACAGGAGAUCAUUUUGGAAGCAAAGGGAUUGGAUCCAAACUUUUGUAGUGGGCUGUAG